UGGACGCGGCGCCCCGGGACGGACAGCCUGUAAGCACCAUGGACAGCGCUCCGGGUCUCGCCCGGGUGAUCAUUGAAAUGCGUAACGAAAUCCAGAAACUGGAGUCUGAGAACAGGGCACUGCGGGGGAAGCUGGAUCAAAGGCCGGCCGAAGUAAACUCGGGGCCGCAUGCAUGCCAGCACAGGAUGGCAACGAUAGACAGGGCGUCCCAAGCCAGCUUAAGGCGAAAUGCGUCCGCCCCCGCACUGGAGGGACAGUAUCAGGAUGCAAAUGAUAACAUUAUAAUGACAGUGCGAAGAUAUUCCAUCUCGACCGAUAUUCGUAACGCCUCCCGAAGGGCUGACAGCAAAGGGACGGCGCACCGGGACACGGAGUCCCUGCACCCGGACAGGCUCCGGGAAGGAGUCCGCGGGAAGGCGCCGGCGGUGACUCUUAACCUGCCGCGGGACGAGAGCAGCAGCUUAACCAGAGAGGAGCUGAACAACAAGCGCUCUCUGCACGACUACGUCCACAAAAACAGAACAAAAGUCAAAACUGUCACGUUCCUUCUGCCUGUGGAAGACAUUUACACAGCCCAACCAGUCUUAAACAGCCACUUAAGCAACCGGACAUCGUACAACGUAACUCUGGAAAAAGACUCAUGAAGUUAAAGCAUAAGGUGAGAGAGCUCUGAGUGUGGCCAAAAAGAGCGGGAGGGUGAAUUCGUGGGGGUAGCGUGCACAAUUCAGGCGCGGCGCUGGUUACUUUGUUUUAGGUUAUCCAGGCAAUCGAUUGUAUCUCAGCUGACUUGGUAACUGAUAUGUGUCCGACA